UUUUAGAAAACUGACCAGUUUUAAAUAACGUUCAAUAUUAACAAGUACAUAAAUUGGAAAUUUUCUCAGUUCUAUUGUAACAGAGUACAAAGUAGUGCGAUACAAUUUACUUUUGCCGUCGAUCAUUUGAGCGGUGUAAAAAUAUGAUACGAGUUAUAUAUGUUUGUGUUUUGUUUGUCGCUCUGACAAAAUCAUUAGUUGCUGAAAAAUAUCUCACGAAAAAGCCGGAUUUUAUCAAUCCUUGCAAACAAACGGAUCCAAGUUUUAGUCAAUGUUUUGCAAAGAGUUUCCAAGCUAUUUAUUCGGAAUAUAAAGAUGGUAUACCAGGCUUAAAAAAUUUUGGAUCUAUUGAUCCCCUAAGUGUGAAGCGUGUCAAAAUAGCGGAAGACGGCAAUGGUCCAGUGGCAAUUAACAUUGAAUUUAACAAUAUGGACGUAAUUGGAUUUAGUAAGACCACCAUCAAAGAUGCACGUUUUGACCAAUCAAAAUUAACAAUCAAAAUAAAAAUUUAUGUGCCGAAAAUUAUUAUCAAAUCAGAUUACAGUAUGAACGGGCGUAUAUUGACCUUGCCAUUGAACGGUAAUGGAAAAUCUCAUCUGGAAAUGGAGAACAUGGAAUUGGAUACCAUAUGCAAGCUGAAACGUCGUGAGGAGGAUGGUGUGAAAUUUGCCGACGUCGAUAAAGUACUUAUGAAUAUCAAAGUGAGUGGAUUUCAUGUUCAAUUGGAUAAUCUUUUCAAUGGCCAGGAGGUUUUGGAACAAACAGCCAAUAAUCUGUUCAACGACAAUUGGAGUGAACUUUUCGAAGCAUUGCGACCUUCAAUAACAGAAACGAUAAGAUCUGUAACGGAAGAUCGUUUCAAAAAAGUUUUCGCCUUUUUGCCGGUUAAGUAUUUCAUUGAAGACUAUGAAUAAUUAUUAUCUUUGAUUGGCAUAUUUUUGUUUAAACUAUUAAAAAAAUUGCAAUAAAAAGUAUUUCAUUCAUGAA